UGGUCACACUGUCAGUUAGUUUUUUAUUGUUUUUAUUUUAAAUGUAGCUGGAAACAGUUUUGGCUAUUUGAGAAAAUUUAUUUUGGAGACAUUGACGUGGCUAAUAGUUUGACCUUAAGCAGAAAAGAAAAUACGCUGCAACUAUGGAGCUCACAGGCUGGGUAAAAAACUAUGAUUGGGGCAAGAAUGGUAUACAUUCCACUGUUGCACAACUGGCAAUGGCCAACGAUCCAGACUUUACACUGAAUGAUAAAGCUUCGUAUGCGGAGAUGUGGAUGGGCACACAUAUUUGUGGCAUGUCCGUUGUCAAAGACACGGGCGAAACGCUGGACCGUGUGCUGAAGAAAGAUCUACCGUACUUGUUUAAAGUACUGAGCAUUAAGAAGGCUUUAAGCAUACAGGUUCAUCCCAAUAAAUGCGAAGCAGAGCGUUUGCAUCGUGAACGCCCAGAAAUCUACAAAGACGAUAAUCAUAAGCCGGAGUUAGCCAUAGCACUGACACCAUUCUUAGCACUGGUGGGCUUUCAGCCAGUUGAAGAUAUUAUAGAUUACAUAGACGAAUUCCAGCCAUUGAGCAAAUUGAUUGGCAAGGAAUCUGUGGAUCAGCUGCAUGAAGUUCGCAACGCUGAAGGAGUUAAGUUAUGCUAUGAAAUCCUAAUGAAGUCGGACGAAAAGGCUAUUGUAAAAUGUCUGAAGGACAUUGCCAAGACUUGCAAGGAAGAACUCAAGCGCAACGAGCUGUUUGAAGUGUUCAAUACCAUUAGCAAAGAUUUUCCUGGCGACGUGGGGAUAUUGUCGCUAUUCUUUUUAAAUAUCGUGCGCCUGCAGCCUGGUCAAGCCAUCUAUCUGGGCGCCAAUGAGAUACAUGCAUAUCUGGACGGCGACUGCGUUGAGUGCAUGUCCUGCUCUGAUAAUGUUAUUCGAGCUGGACUUACGCCAAAGUUUAAGGAUGUAGAUCAGCUAAUUUCUUCAGUAAUAUUCGAAGGCACCGAGGCGCACAAGAAGACCUUUACCCCAUAUCGUAUAGACGAGAACGUGCAGGUGUAUGUACCGCCAGUGGAUGAUUUUGCUGUAAUGCAUGUGGCCAUCAAGCAUACUCUGGAGAACUACAAGCUACAAAUACAGCCCUUUGGCGCCAUACUUCUAACCUUGGCAGGCGAACGCAUGUUGAAGCUCAACACCCAGAAUGGUGUCAAGGAGAUUAAACUGUCGCGUGGCAGUAUUGUUUACAUUCCCGUAGAAGCAGCGCCAGAAAUUGAAUUUUUGCAUGCCGAAGAUUGUGGUGAAAAUUUUACAGCCUAUAUAGCCACGUACAAUUAUUUUAGACAAGCUUAAAAAAAAUGUAAAUUGUUUGUAUUUAAAUUGA